AUGUCGUUCUUCAAGAAACUCAAAGAUGAACUCAAGGAGAUGUUGAAUGAUGGCGAUGACGGCGGCAAGCAGAAGAAAGAGGAGGAAGUUCACGCCUCCGAUCAAACCAGGGACUUCCACAAUCAGCCUCCAAACGUAAACGAUCAACGAGAUCCCUAUGGUCAACCGCAACAACUUUACCCUCAAUACGGAUACUCUCCUCCACCACCAUCCGGAUAUGACCUGCCUCCAUCUAGUCCCCAGCUACCGCCAGGUUGGAUAUCACAGUGGGAACCAAAUACUCAAAGACAUUACUACCUUGAACAAACCACUGGUCGGACUCAAUAUGAGCCUCCGAGUUGGGGAGGGGCACCAUCGUCCGGUGGUCUGGGUUUCCAUCAGAACUAUGGUGGAGCAAUGCCCGCUGCACCACCGAUGGGUGGACAUGGCGAGCACACCAGAGUUUAUUAUGGUGCUCCAGGACACGGACAUGAAGAGAACCAAGGCUCUGGCAUAGGAAAUAUGGUCGUUGCUGGAGUGGGAGGUGCCGCCUUGGGUGUUCUCGCUGCAAAUGUGUUGUCGGACGGUGACUCACACCCUGCCGCGGCUACUGCACCAGCAGGCAAUGGAGCACUGCCCCCUGCGGCUCCAACAGAGCCUCCACUCGAGUACAAUCCAGAGUUGUCAUCAAGUCAGCGAUCUUCCCUGCAGGAAGGGCGCGAGGAUCUCGAAGAGGCAAAGGCUGAGGUGGCUGAGGAGUCCGACCCGUCAAGUAGCGAUAUUGAGGAACUCCAGGAGGCUCAGGAGGAGUAUGCGAGUGAAGUUGAGAGUGCGCACGAAGAACUCGAAGAGUGA